AUCAGUCACCUGAGCGCAGAGGGGCCGCGGCGAGGGCGCGCGCGGGCGGGCGGGCGGGGAGAGGCGGAGGCGGCGAGAGCGGCGGCCCGGAGGAAAUCGGGAGGGGGAGGGAAAGAAAGGCCGAGACAGAAGGAGCGAGAGGCGGCCGAGGGGCUGGUCCAGGCGCGGCCGCUAAGAGGAGACCAAGAGGCGGGGGCUGCACUUGACAACCAGCAUGCCGAGAUGAUCAACGAAAGGGAUUCUUGGGUCCUGGAGACCAAAGAAAGAAUCGGCAGGAGUGCUCAGGGUAAAUUGAUGGAUUGCAGAGCCAGGCUGUCAGAAGAGGCAGAAGUGGAUGUGAGAGAAAGAGAGACACAGAGAGACAGAGAGCCAAAGAGGGCAAGAGACUUGACUUUAAGAGACUCCUGUACUGACAACUCCAUGCAGUUCGGAACCAGAACGACUACGGCUGAACCAGGGUUCAUGGGGACAUGGCAAAACGCUGAUACUAACCUCUUAUUCAGAAUGUCCCAACAGGUUCCAGUGGCAUGUGCUGGCAGAGUGCUGGGUGCAGACUUUUGCCCAAACCUGGAGGAGCCAGACCAGAGGCUGGAAGUCCAGGCCAUCCGUUGCACACUGGUAAACUGCACGUGUGAAUGUUUUCAGCCGGGGAAGAUUAACCUGAGGACUUGCGAUCAGUGUAAACAUGGCUGGGUGGCACAUGCCUUGGAUAAGCUCAGCACGCAGCACCUAUACCACCCCACCCAGGUGGAGAUUGUGCAGUCCAACGUGGUGUUCGACAUCAGCAGCCUGAUGCUCUACGGGACACAAGCGGUGCCUGUGCGGCUAAAGAUCCUUCUAGACCGUCUCUUCAGUGUCCUGAAGCAGGAGGAGGUGUUGCACAUCUUGCACGGCCUGGGCUGGACUCUGCGGGACUACGUCCGGGGGUACAUCCUUCAGGAUGCUGCCGGCAAGGUGCUGGACCGCUGGGCCAUCAUGUCUCGAGAAGAGGAAAUCAUCACCCUUCAGCAGUUUCUGCGAUUUGGAGAAACCAAAUCCAUUGUGGAGCUGAUGGCAAUUCAGGAGAAAGAAGGGCAGGCCGUAGCUGUACCAUCUUCAAAGACAGACUCAGACAUAAGGACUUUCAUUGAGAGCAAUAAUCGCACCCGGAGUCCCAGCCUUCUUGCUCACCUAGAGAACAGCAACCCUUCCAGCAUUCAUCAUUUCGAAAACAUCCCCAACAGCCUUGCAUUUCUGCUUCCAUUCCAGUAUAUAAACCCAGUCUCAGCCCCACUGCUUGGAUUGCCUCCAAACGGGCUACUGUUAGAGCAACCAGGACUGAGGCUGCGGGAACCAAGCCUUUCAACCCAGAAUGAAUACAAUGAGAGCAGUGAAUCUGAAGUAUCUCCCACACCUUAUAAGAAUGAUCAGACGCCUAAUAGAAAUGCCCUGACCAGCAUUACCAAUGUGGAGCCCAAAACUGAGCCAGCCUGUGUGUCCCCCAUUCAGAAUUCUGCCCCAGUCAGUGAUCUAACCAAAACUGAACACCCAAAAAGCUCAUUCCGGAUUCAUCGGAUGAGAAGGAUGGGGUCAGCUUCUAGGAAAGGAAGAGUGUUCUGUAAUGCAUGUGGGAAGACAUUCUAUGACAAAGGUACUCUCAAAAUUCAUUAUAAUGCUGUUCACCUGAAGAUCAAACACCGAUGCACGAUCGAGGGUUGCAACAUGGUCUUUAGCUCCCUCCGAAGCCGGAAUCGCCACAGUGCGAACCCUAAUCCUCGCCUUCACAUGCCUAUGCUACGAAAUAACCGAGACAAAGAUUUAAUUCGUGCCACAUCAGGAGCUGCCACUCCUGUUAUAGCAAGUACAAAAUCAAAUCUCACACUCACAAGCCCUGGCCGGCCCCCAAUGGGUUUUACCACUCCCCCAUUAGACCCCGUCUUACAGAAUCCUCUGCCUAGCCAGCUGGUUUUUUCUGGGCUAAAGACUGUACAGCCAGUUCCUCCAUUUUAUAGAAGUUUACUCACUCCAGGGGAAAUGGUGAGUCCUCCAACCUCCCUCCCAACCAGUCCCAUCAUUCCAGCCAGUGGUACCAUAGAGCAGCACCCCCCACCACCCUCUGAGCCCAUAGCACCAGUAGUGAUGAUGGCCACUCAUGAGCCCAGUGCUGACCUGGCACCCAAGAAGAAGCCCAGGAAGUCCAGCAUGCCUGUGAAGAUUGAGAAGGAAAUCAUUGAUACCGCUGAUGAGUUUGACGAUGAAGAUGAUGACCCUAAUGAUGGCGGAGCUGUGGUCAACGAUGUGAGCCAUGACAAUCAUUGCCACUCCCAAGAGGAGAUGAGUCCAGGCAUUUCUGUGAAGGACUUUUCUAAACAUAGCAGGACCCGGUGCAUUUCAAGGACUGAAAUAAGAAGGGCUGACAGCAUGACUUCUGAGGACCAAGAACCUGAGCGGGACUAUGAGAAUGAAUCUGAGUCUUCAGAGCCCAAACUAGGUGAGGAGUCCAUGGAAGGCGAUGAGCACAUUCACAGUGAAGUGAGCGAAAAAGUCCUGAUGAGCAGUGAGAGGCCUGAUGAGAACCACAGUGAGCCCUCUCACCAGGAUGUCAUCAAGGUGAAGGAAGAAUUUACAGAUCCCACUUACGACAUGUUUUACAUGAGCCAGUAUGGACUGUACAAUGGUGGGGGGGCCAGCAUGGCAGCCCUGCAUGAAAGUUUCACAUCGUCUCUGAAUUACGGCAGCCCUCAAAAGUUCUCCCCAGAAGGUGACCUGUGUUCUAGCCCAGACCCCAAAAUCUGUUACGUGUGCAAGAAGAGUUUCAAAAGCUCCUACAGUGUGAAGCUUCACUACAGGAACGUUCACUUAAAAGAGAUGCAUGUCUGCACAGUGGCUGGCUGCAAUGCUGCCUUCCCCUCUCGCCGAAGCAGAGACAGAAACAGAAAUAUACGGAUGGAAAGAACCAUAGGUCCAGGACAUCGAGACAGCCUGCAUCUCCGUAGACACAGUGCCAACAUAAACCUGCAUCGCAAACUGUUGACCAAAGAACUCGAUGACAUGGGCCUGGACUCAGCACAGCCCUCUCUUAGCAAGGGCCUCCGGGAUGAAUUUUUGAUGAAGAUCUAUGGUGCCCAGCACCCCUUGGGGCUCGAUGUCAGGGAAGACGCCUCCUCUCCCGCAGGGACUGAAGACUCCCACCUGAACGGGUACGGGAGAGGCAUGGCGGAGGACUACAUGGUCCUUGACCUGAGCACCACCUCCAGCCUCCAGUCCAGCAGCAGCAUCCAUUCUUCCCGAGAAUCCGACGCAGGCAGCGACGAGGGUAUUCUUCUCGACGACAUUGACGGGGCGAGUGACAGUGGGGAGUCAGCACACAAGGCCGAGGCCCCUGCCCUCCCUGGCAGUCUAGGGGCUGAAGUUUCAGGAUCUCUGAUGUUCAACAGCUUGUCCGGGAGCAAUGGUGGGAUUAUGUGCAACAUUUGCCACAAAAUGUACAGCAACAAGGGGACUCUGAGAGUGCACUACAAAACUGUGCAUUUGCGAGAAAUGCACAAGUGCAAAGUCCCUGGUUGCAAUAUGAUGUUCUCCUCUGUGCGAAGCCGAAAUCGGCACAGUCAGAACCCUAAUCUCCACAAAAACAUUCCCUUCACUUCAGUAGAUUAGUCUCAGAAUGGACACUACAAAUGCCAGCUCUCACCAGAUGGCCUACAUGUUUGAACUGCCAUAGUCAGUGUGUGCUUGUGUACCUGGGUGUGUGUGUAUGUGUGUGUGUGUAUACACAUGUACGCCUCUGUGUCUACAUACACACACACACACACACACACACACACACACACAUUUUCUUUUCUUUAGAUAUAAAAAGAUAAACACUAGGUGCUUUUGAAAUUGUUUUUCUUUUUCCUUUAUCGUUUUGGGAAAGGGGUGGGAUCUUUAAUUUGGGGGUGAAAACAAAGUACCCUUAAAAGACACAUACACACACACACACAUAAAGUGUGCAACCGGCCCAAAUUCUGACAGAAUAAGAAUUCUUAGUCCUCUGCAAAGGGACAGUUUCUUGUACCCAUGAUUGUUGCCUGCAAAAAAAUAAAAGGGAAAAAAAAAAAAGAAAAAAGAAACAAAAAAGGAACUUCUAAUAGUUGUCUUUUGUGAACUUUAAGGUUUUGAGAGAAUCUUCAAUUAAAGCAUGGCAGAUUCACCUGUAAAUAUUUAGCCUUGAGAGGCCAAUGAUGUAAAGCAAUUGUAUUGAUGGUUGUUUAACUCUUUUGUUUAAUUUUUACAGUUACAUCCAGCUGUUAGAUAUGCAGGAAAAAAAUAGUUUGCUGGCUAGCUCUUUUCAUUUAUGUUAGCAUUAAUGCACAUUUCUUUAAAAAAAAAAACAACAAAAAAAACCAUGGUCUUGUUUUUACUACCUGCUAGAUAGAGUGAUAAGGAGGUGCUGGCAUGCUUUACAGCACAGAUCUGAUUUUUUAAAAUGUCCUGUACUAGUACAUAAACCCAGUCAUGCACUUUUUUUCAUACACUACAAGGGGACGUGUAAUAUCCAUGCUUCUUUUUUAUCCUUAAACUAUUGCCAUACUUCAAGUAAGUGUCUUUUUUAAAAAAAUUCACUUGUAUAAAAAUGGUCUGGUCAGUAUAGGGCACAAAUGCCAAACAAAAGUAUUAGUGUUAACACAAAACUGCCAACUUUGCACAAGUUUCCAGGAAAGAAAAUACAAUUAGUCACUCAACAUAACCACAGGCCAAUUUGUCGGCCACCAGAAAACUGCUUUAAAAAAAAAAAAAAAAAAAAAAACACUUGGUGAUUCUUUCAAGGGCCGAAUGUUAUUAGAAUCAACAUUGCAUCCUUCUUGCUUAUAUGUUAAGUUACAUAAAAGGAAAACAAAAUUAUGUGGUGUGAAACAGCCAAGGCAUUUAUUCUUCAGAGGCAGGAUAAUAUUUCAGGAUACAAAAGCCCAAAUUACUCACUAUGGAACAAAGCUGAAUGCAGUAACAGUGUUGAACACUCAUUUGCAGGACCUACCCCUUCUCCUUUAAAAAGAAAGCAAAAGUCUGAACUGGGUUGGUCUGUUGUAUGGCUGUGUAAUUUGUUGCAAGUUCUGCAGUAGUCCUAUGAUUCAGGCCUGUCUGAUAGACAAAAUCAAAAGACAUUUCACAGCAGCAGUACUUGGAAGCUUUGAAAACAUGUGCUGAACUUGAAUUGAGCAACACUCCUUUCUGAAAAGCCAGACGAAGGGGGGUUUAAAAUAGGAUCUCUCACUGUUGAGUGUUUUGUGUUUCCCCACAUGAUUUGUCAGAGAGAAAUGAAAGCAAGCCUGAAACCAAGCAAUUGAGAGUGAGAAAGAGGGGGAGGCGAUUCUCCAAACCUUUUUUGUUUUGUUUUGUUUUGUUUCCGAUGUUUACACAUGUUGCCUGAGCUGGUUAACCACAUGGGCAGCCCUCAGCUACCACAACAUACUCACUAAAUGAUGAUAUUUACUCAAGUUCAGUCUGCAGCCAAAACCAUUAGGAUGUGCACUGCAGACUGUGUUUUGUUGUUUUUUUUUUCCUUUUUUUUUAAGGUGGGGGUGGGAGGGGGGGAGACAGAUAAACAAGGAAUAUUUUGUCUAACAGUACACAAUAAUUUAAAAGAGAAUGUAUUUCUUUUUCUGCAUUUAGUGGCCUCAAACAUUUCUCUCAUCAGUCUAAAAGUUAGAAAUGCCCCCCUUUGUUUUAACUUUGCAUGUUUCCAUUUUUCAUAUGUUUUGUAAUUAUUUUUUUCUAUGUUCACAUCAGCAUUCACUUCCGUUAAAUUUGCCAAAGGAAACUGUUAAUAUGUUUCUGUUGUUAUUAUUAUUCCUGUAGGAUUUAUUGUACCUCACAGUAUUUAUUGUUUCCAAAAAUAAGCAUCAUUAGUUGAGGAUUCAGUAUUUUUAUUUGUAAAAAUUUCAGAAACAAUAGAUUCUUAAAGAUAAGCUAGACUUGUCUAGAAGCUUCAUCUUCUCAUCUCCUUCAGAGGAUACUAUGGGGUUCAUUUAAUUCACUUUGUUCUCCAGUGAGGAAAGACCAAAAGUAUUUGCAGUACAAAAGAAACCAUAUCAAACACUAUGUCUGUUAAAUGACAAAUGUUUACGGUAAAAAGCUGAGGAAUUAGUAAUAACCAUUUUUGUUUGCUUGUACCUUUGAAUUCCCCAAAGUCUUAAUUGCUUUAUUUUGGUGUUGUGUUAAAUUGAAUAGACAGAGAUGUUUUCCUUUGUUUUAUACCAUAUAAGACUAUGUACAGUAUGUUUGUGAAAAACUGAACUAGAAUAAUGAAAGUUUGUUUGCAAACAUUUUGGUCCUCUUAGCGUUCUCUGUGUUGUGCUGUUGCCCCAUUACGAAAUGAUUCGAUUCAAAAAGGGUGGAAAAAAAAUGUUUUUAGUAUCCCAACAAAAGAUCAUGGAAACACUAGCUGUUGGACUGUGGUAGGCUGAAUUACACUUAGCUUUAUGAAAAUAACACAUUUUUAUUUCAGUGAUUUUUAAAAGUUACACUGUUGGUUGAGAUAUUAGAACUCAUCUUGUACAGAAUCAGUGUUUAGUCUGUUUAAUGUCAACUAAAAGGUCAGAUAGUCCUAGUGAGUGAAUUCCAUAGCUGUCAGCAGGUCACAUCAGUAGAUGAACCAGGCUUAGAACAAAUGUUUGUUACUUGCCACAAACUGGGCUAAUGCGGAGAGCCAGUUGGAACAGUCCAGAAGUAAUGAGAUUCUCAAACUAGAAUUUCCCUUGCUUGGAAAUUUGAAUGUGUUCACCUGCAUUUUGUCAGAGUAAUGGCAGUGAGUCCUGGGCAACUGGCUCUUUUUAAGUAUCUCCCCUAUUUGCUACUACUUUUGUGCCUCAAGUGCCCAGAUGUUAUGGUGGCCUUCUAAAUGGGUGAAUAACACUUUCCAAUAUAAAGCCUAUUAUUGCUUAAAAGGGAUGGGGGAGUGGAUGGAAGCGGUACAUGAAAUGUAAAAUUAUGAACUGCACAGAGGUUCCCGUCCCAAAGUGUUGCCUGUUCUUGGGUGCGCGCCCGAGUGCAAUGUUUGGCUUAACUGUAAACCUAGUUAAGAUGGUGACCCCAAGGCUUACUUGCAAACAGGAAGGAGAAAGCAUUUUAAAUACUGGGCCCAUCAUCUUUGUCUGCUCCUACUUGUUUGUUUCUUCAUAGGAGUUUUCUUUUGUGAAACUUUCUUUCGAGCUGCAUCCAUCCUGUGCUGGCUGAAAAUUAACAGCGAUGCAGAUUUUCAUCGAAGCAGCUUUUUCCCAUUUGAUUAAUUUUAACCACAGUUUUGUCACAGGUAGAAAAUGAGGCAGUAUUAUUAAUGUGCAUGUUCACUAGCUGAUGUUGAAACUUACUGUUUUGAUCAUUCUAAACUAUGUUUUUGUACAUAUCAGAAAGGCUUAGUCUGCUUUAGGGAAUAUCUGCAUGCUUAUGGAGGGGGAUGACAAAGAGCAAGAGAAAGGAUAGAUAAUAAGUAAUUUGGUUUUUAAAAUGUGAUUAAAAAGCUUGACAUUCUUUGUUCUGCUAUGAAUUGUAUUGAGAUAAGUGAACCCAGUGUAACGCAUCUCAGAUCUUAGUCUAGCUGUCCAAUUCAGCCUGAUGGCUUUUGAAGGUUUGAAGGUAUUAAUGUUUCCUUCUCAACGUGACAAACAUCUUUUUUGAGAACAUAUUUAGCACAAUGGUGCCACUGUCCUUGUAGUGUGAUUUCUUUGGUCAUGAAUUUCCAGGCCCUGCCAAUAAGAGGAGAAAGACACUUAACUGGUUAAUAGCCCUGUUAGUGUAUACAUUGCUCUUUAAAAAAAAAAAAAAAAAUAGCAGUUCUAAGAAUAGGCUGUUCUGGAGGCAUUCCCCCCAUUUUACUCAGGAGAACCCAUGCUCUAGAGUGCCACCAAAUAAAAAGUGACCUUUUGUUCCCCUUCCCAUGUACACACCCCAGAUGUGUACCAAGCAAACGGGAAAAUGAGAACGGGGGCCAUUAAAACAUAAAGAAGCCAGUAAUCAGAUUGAGGUGGACACACUACUUACUGCUAAGUGUUGACCUGAGCAGUCCCAACUUGUACCUGGUGUGUUGGUGUUGGAUUAGAUUGGCUGUUAACAGAGUAAAUAAAAUUCAACUGUAAUAAGACACACUAAUCUAUCAUAAACCAGUCAUCCGGAAGAACCUUUCUUUUAUCCUAUGGACACACCCUUUUUCUUAACUUUUAAGCAAUUAGAACAAAUGCCAUUUUUAAAAAAACUAUUCGAAUUAGAGGAUGUUGCUAUUUCUUCCCAUUUUUUGAUCUUUAAUGGAAGGGGUCUAAGUGUGUAAGGAGGGCAAUAAAGGGCAGGUACCAAAAAAGACUGGUGGGAAUGAGUUUUUCCAAAAGCAGAGCAAGGGAUACUGAGUAGGGGAUAGGAACCUUCCCUGGUUGAGCGUAGCUGGGAAAGAAAAUAAUGAACUGGAAGUGUUUGUUCAAAAGAAAAGUCUGGUACAAUUUUUCCCAGCAGUGGGUGAGGGCAUCUCGAUGCACUGCCCCGCAGAACCCCCUGUGACAGGUGCAUCACUGCACCCCAAUCUGAGGAAGAGGGGAAAGCGAAGAAAACUCGUGGAAUAACUGAGGAUCCUUAUGGGUCAGAAGAGCCAAGGGCAGCUGUGGGGUUUUUUUGUUUGUUUGUUUGUGGUUUUGUUUUUGGGUGGGAAGUGAUGCUGGAGUCCCUUAGGAGAGCAAAAAGAUGUGAUGGGUCACCCAGGGUAUAGAAAAAGCCAGUGGUCAAAUUGAGCUCUUAAAUGUCUUUUCUCCAUCAUUACUUUGCCUGCCCCUGUAGCCAUGACUGUAUUGCCACUUAGCUAAAGACUUCUUGAUCAAAAUGUGAGCUCAUUUAUCUUCCUAUGAAGCAUAAAAGUGGCUUUCCUGUUUGCAUGUUUUCCCUCAAAGCUAAACCAUGUACUAGUCUAGCUCAUAUUAAUAUUAAGACCAUACCUGAUGGGUCUCAGACUCAUUUCCCUAUUCCCUAUUGUUGGAGAGUUGCUCCCCAGAAAUGGUAACUUUGGAUUAGUAUUACAUAAAUCCAGCUGUAAAACUGACAGUGAAUUAGUCUGUCGUCACUCUGCCCGGACAUCCAUCCUUCCUGUGUCCUUUCAUCAUCCCCAUCCUGUCCACAUCUUGCACAAGAUGAUGCUUGUGCCCAUGCGGCAAUAACUGGACAUGAAAUACCAUCUUUUGGCAUUUGUUGAAAACUCCAAAUGCCUAAUAAUGUUUUUUUUAAUGAGCAUUUUUACAAGUAUACCAAAUUGGAUCAGCAUUACUGUUCAUUAUAAGGCUAUAUAUAUUUUUGAAGCAACAUACUAUAGUUGUUAUAAAACUAGAUUCUCUAAAGUGUUACCGUAAAUUCAUUUGACCUUUACUGCAAAAAAAAAAAAAAAAAUACCGUUUUUAUAUAGAGUAUCAAGACAAGGCUCAGUCUGUAACAAAUAGUGGACCAUUACAGAAGAGGAAAGGAAAAAGCUGGGACUGAGCAGUGAGAAGCUUCAGUUCAAUUUCACCUCAUAUCUUUCUAAUAACUUACUUGUCACUUUAUUACCUUCCAGUAAUGUGAAUGCUGCUGACAAGACUGUCACACUAACAGCAGACAACACCCUCUCUGCUUCAGCCCCAGCUCUCCUGGCUACUUAUUGCCCUGGCCCUGAAGGGACACAAACUAAUAGUGUGCUUUCCAGUUCAGCACUUGGCCAUCAAAUAUAAAAGGAUGCGUAAUUGCCUGUUUAUCCCUUGUGAAGGGGAAAUUGAGUACAAGGACUCCGCUUUCCCACUGAGUUCCCUGAUGUACACACACGUUCACAGUUCUCCCUCUCUCUCCCUUUCUCUCUCUCUUCCUCACUCUUUCUCCACCCCUCCCUUCCUCCUUCUUUCCCUCUCCUCUUCUUACUUCUUGCUUCUCUCCCUCCCUCUCUGCCCUCCCAACACACAAGCAAAUGCCUACUGAACUGCACCUUUGGUGAACCCAAGGCUGCCUCUCCAUGCCCUCUCCAGCUGUUAAGUGGACAGUAACAAGAUGACUUCUUAAAUAAAGGGUCAGUAGAGAGACCCUGUGACAGAAUUCUUUGUGUCUUUAGAAUCUUAAGUAUUGCAAUUCCAUGCCCACUCAUUGGAGGGUAUAGGGUGUCGCCCUAUAACUCGAGCAACAUUUCCCGCAAGGCAGUGGCAUGGGAAGAUUAGAUCACUCCAUAUUCUGGAAGGAAAGCAUUAAAAUAUUUUUCUUUCCCUUCACAAAGUGCACAUGUUGGAAACAGACUGGUUGUGCCUGGUGGUAAAAGUUGUUGUUGUUUUAGCUUUGGCAGCCAACCAUUGGUCUAAAUGUACACGCAUAUCUUGAAAUGACAACAACCUCCGAAUGCAUAGUGUAACACGACAGAUUAACCUUCGUUUUGUUACACUGGACUGACAAUCUAAAAAAAAAGUGGCGGGGAGGGGGGAGCAUGGGGCUUGUUAUUUUAAUCACGAAAACAGGGACUACCCUGUGUGUAAAAGGUAAAAUUCUCCACGUUAGGAGAAUGUUGGUAACUACGAGUACAGUGAGCUUUACAAAAUCAAGUGGGGACAAAAGGUACAAAAUAGGAACACAUGAAAAUGCUGCAUUCCAAAAUACCUUGAGCCCAAAUUGUGUGUAAGUAUUAGCUGCUAUUUUGGUAUAGUGAACUCCUUUGAUCUACUAAAAUGAUGGUUGAGAAGUGGCUAGUUAGUGACCACAUGAAGCGCAAGAUCGAUCCGAUCCGCGCGUCCUCCUUGCGGAACCCGGGGACCCCACGCUUCCUUCCAGCCGUCUGGCGGCAGGUCUGGCAGAAGGUGUCGGUGCUGCAGUCACAUUGCAAAUAUAUUUGUCAACUGAACGAGACUCAUGCAGGUGUCAUUUUGAUGUGAACAUUUGGAAAGAGAAAAGCCGCAGACUCAAAGAUAGAAAGCUUAACAGGUCCUUGUUGACAAACUCGUGUGAAAUAAUUUCAUUAACCGGUCUGAGGGCUGGGAAGAAAAGCACUUUGAAUAAGGAUUCUUGGGGUCAGAGAAAAAGCAGUUGACUUGAUGUUUUUUAAGUUCCCCCAAAUGUAUAUAGUACAAUCAUUUAUCAAACAUCAUCAUAGAAUCUUAAAUUAAUUAAAAACUCCAUUGCCAAAAUUGCACAGAAUUGCUUAACUUAAUAUUAGCUUUUCCCCUUGAAAUAACAGGGAUGUUUGAGGACAUUUCUAAUUUUCUUAAUGCUUUUUUUAAGUUUCAUUUUUAAAAAAGAAUCUUUGAAGGGAAGGAAGAGCAGGAAAAAAAAGGUAUUUUAACAAAAAUGGAGAGUAGAUAGUAUAAAAAUAUAUUUGUUGAAAAGAGAAUAUCUAAGUGCUAUACCAAGACUUUAUAAGGCUUCCUGUUGCCAAAUGUGAUGUUGAAAUAAUGCACAACAAAGAUGGCGAAUUGAUCCAUUAUUAACCGGCCCUGCCCACUUCUGUUGCGGAUCGCAAGGAUGGAAAGGUGACUCUGGGGAGCCCCUGGAUAAGUGAGAGAGGCCCUCUCACCUGGCCCUGCAAGUGUUUUCCAAAAGAGGGGGAGAAAACCCCACCCUGUUGGUAGUGCCACCUGCAAGGUGAGCUGACCUGGUGCAGUGUCAGUGGAAGCCUCGCUGCCUUCCACGCUAGGAGACAAACCAUCCCCCGCCCCCCUGUGAAUCAGUGCAGUAACGCUGAGAAGCACUGAUUCAUGAGGUAUGAUGCUCCUGCACUCCCAGACAAUGUGCUGAGUUAAUAGGUUCACUUGAGAUGUAUAAACCAAGGUUGAUUGUUUAUUUUUUUUCAUCUAGUACUCAAUUUGGAGCGUUUUUGCAUGUCUCUGUACAGAGUAAUCCGUUCGUCUCAUUGCCUAUCUUAAUCUCCCCUGACUUUUCCAUUAUCUUUCCACUCCCGCCCUUUGCUCUUCUUCUGAUCUCACCCCCUCCCCUUAAAAAAAGUCUUUUCUUAAACAAGAAGGUAGAACACUCCCCACUUCAUCCUGAUUUUGAUCGCUUUGGAAACAUUUGUGUGUUCUACCCUGUCCAGGGUUUACAUAACAUGAAUUAAGUGAAUGAGAUGUUCUAGUAUUAUGUAUUAACCUGAUAUGACUAUCUAAGAUUCAUAAUAUAUGGUGCACUCGCUUUCUUGUGCAAACUUUGGUUCAGCUGCCCUGCAGAGAAAUCUUACCAUUUUCCUACCGGUACCAGUAAAAAAACAAAAACAAACAAACAAACAAACAAAAAAAACAGUGCAGGAGAGCUAAAUGUGGGUAGGUGGAAGUCAGAGGGUCGAGGAAAUUCGAGGAACCAGGAGGAGACUUUGGUCUGAGGCCACCUGGGCCUUUCCUUAAUGAUGGAGGCAAGUUGGGGCUCUGGGAAAGAAAGCUCUCUGUUCUCCUUUGUGGAUCAUGCAGCAGUCUUUCUAGAAGUAGCAAGAUCCCUCACACAGUUGGGAGAACAUGUAACUUUCUAAUUCACCCCAAACCCACCGCUGUGUCUCAGUAACAAAAACAUUUGACUCAACCUGCAUAUUUGACAGCAAGAGUGGCCAAAGGGAAUUGAAAUAUCUUGAGGAAAAGGAAUUUUCACCAAGGUAUGUCCUUUCCCUCCCCCACCCUCCCAAAUUUGGGGGGUCUAUGCGGUUUUUUUCUGUUGUUCUCAUCUGCAUCAAACCAGUCUCUUCCGCUAAGUAAAGCCUGUCGCAGAACCAAAGUCUGUACCACAAAUGGUAGUCACCCUGAUGUAAUAAUACUCGUGAUGUCGGUAGCUUCAUAAAUACUGUAUGUACCUUGAACAAGGUUUUUGUUUUGUUUUGUUUUGCUUUUUGGUUUGUUUUGAUUAGUAGUCUAAGGGAAUUAAAAAUUUUUUAUUUACUACUUCCUUUGUUGUAUUUUCUGUACUAUAACUGUCUACAGUAUGUCUUUUGCAUAAAAUGCAUAAGGGUUUGGGGAUGUAAAUGGAAUUUUAUUCAUAUUUUGUCCAAAUACCUCUUGUAAUUUGUAUCAGAAUUCUUGUACAAUUUUUAUAUUAAAGAUUUAUCAGUCACUGA